AUGUCAAGUUUCAACUUCCUCGUGUGUGUGUGAAAUAUGACCAAUAAUAAACAAAUACAUAAUGGAAUUUGUGAUUUAAAAUAGACCAAGGAUUGAAAAGAAGGAAUAAAAAAUAAGUUUCAUAAUUCAUAAGUGCAUGUUAACUGUAUACUCGGAUUUAACAUAGAAUUCACAAGCUAAAAAAGCCAAUGAUUUAGGAUCUGAUCAUAAUGUCAGAAUGCAGCGAUGUUAAAAUCUCACAGCAGAAUGCCUCUCGACCACCACCAAUUGCACUUGGAAUCAACGUGGAAAAACCAAAGUUUCCUCAGUAUGCCUUCGUUCCUAAACGUCUUGAAUCAUACAAAGAAUGGCCAGAAUAUAUUCCAAUAGACAAGGCAGAUCUGGUAGAAGCAGGAUUAGUGUACACAGGUGUUGGUGACAGUGUGAGGUGUUAUUUCUGUGGUGGAGGUUUAAAAAACUGGGAACGUGGCGACGUCCCUAUAGAAGAGCACGCCAAAUGGUAUCCGAAGUGUCCUCAUAUACUUCUUGUAAAGGGGCAGGCGUAUGUUGAGAAGCUAGGUCGUGGUGAAAAACCUGAUGUGGAAGAAGUUGAUAAUAAUAAAGCGUCGAUAGAUGACAAACAUCACCUCAAAACUGCAGCUGUUCUGAGUUGUAUUGACAUGGGUUUCUCGGAAGUAAUGGUGAAGAAAGCAAUUAAGAUCUUUAUUGAAAAUCACGGCAGUAAUAACUUCAAAGGUGAAGACCUCUGCAAAAUUCUUUUUGAUCUUGAAGAAGGUCAAGAUGAGGCAUAUUUCGAAGAGCAAUUAGAUGAAUGUACCCCAGAUGACUGCGAAAAAAUUGAGCCACUGGAGACGCUUCUAGAAGAAAACCACAAGUUAAAGGAGAACCAGUUGUGCAAAAUAUGUAUGGACAGCCGUGCAGAUGUGAUUUUCCUUCCGUGCGGUCACAUGAUUAGCUGUCCACAAUGUGCUCCAGCUCUCAUAAAAUGUCCAGUGUGCAGGCAAACUGUAAACGGACACAUCAAAGCUUUCUUUGCAACCACCAGUAUGAGUAGUCAAAAGAAUUGACGGAAUGAAUUUAUUAAGUGUCAAACUACGUGAAAGACCAAAAUUAAGCACAUGCGUGUUAUGGUGCCUUCCUCUGCUGAAGCGGUUUGGUUAUGGAAGGGUGAAUUUUGAAUACAUACUGUCCAAUUUUACAAGUGUAUUGUUUUCAUUUAUGCUUCACGUUUUUUCUGUUAAAUACUGCCUAAAUUUCCAAUUUUUGAUUUUCGCGAAAUAAUUUUUAAAUUUGUCUAAAUAAACUAGCCAUCUAUCAGCAAAAUGUGUUUUUAAAAAUUGCUUUUCUCGGAAUUCUGGAUUAAAAACAUUUCAGGAUAUAAAGAAAUCUUACUGGAAGACAUCCCAUAUUAGUUUUAUUGAUAAAAUACACGUAUCUUGGAGUUGUUGUAUAGGUAAAGAAAGAAAAUUUUAACUAGAGGAGAGAUUUGUUUUAAACUUUGCAUGGUCAUAGAGCAUCAUAGUAGAAACAGUAUGAAAAAGAUUGGGGGUCCCAAUGCUACUUUUUGAGUUAUCUGCCCCUGUAUGCGAGUUUUCUUUUUCUUUUGCUCCAGAUCAUUUUCAAGGGCAGAUAACUCAAGGAAAUAGCUAGUUACACUUUAUUUGAUUUCUAGUUAGUGUUUGUUAUUUAUUUCCCUAAACUGUACAAAAUUUGGUGAAAUUCUAUGUGAUGAAUCUUAUUCUAUAGCCGCCUACGCAAACAAAUAGAUUUUUUUCUUUCAAAUUAUGCCCUUUUUUCCAAGAAAAAUUCAGUAUACUUACUCAUGACUCAUGGAAAUCAAGCAAACAUUCUGUUUGACAGAAUGGUUAAAAUCUUUGCGUAAUGACCGGAAAUGUAAUAACCAAAAAAUAAAGUGAAAUGAAAUAAGCUAUCCGUACGCUAGAUUUUGAGUUGUCUGCCCUUGAAAAUGAUCUAAAAGAGCAAAACAAAACUCAUUCAGGGGCAGAUAACUCAAUAUGUAGUAUGGGAACCCCCAUUGUUCCAUAACUUUGUUUCUGAUAUGAUGCUCUACAAUCAUGCGAAGAAAAUUCUCUCCGCCGAUUAAAAUUUUCCUUCUUUGUAACAUUAAAGUGAAUGCGCAAAAAGAUGCGCAUUGGCAACUCUCGGAUACGUCUUUAUGGUAUAUCCACUUAAAGGCUUCAAUAGAUAAUUGCAUGCCCGAUAUUUCAUAUCAUGAUUUUAGAAUUUUUAUAUUUCCUAUGUCCAUUGCUGCAUCUUUCUAAAUUUACUGCUACUUUAUUUUUCUUGAACCAAAAGAAAAGAUGUCUGAGGCAUUUCGUUACAUGAUUUUAAUUUUGUAUACUUUGUUCUAUGUUUGUUGAUCUGAAUACAUAUUUCAAAUCAUUUUGCAUUUAGGCUAAAUAUAUCGCGUAUGUUACACAUGAUUAAUAUUGGUCCAUUUUCACUUUUAAACUAAAUUGGUUUUGUUUUUCCUUCCACAAAAUACUUUGUAAGAUAUAUUAUGUUCUCACCCGUCACAGUAUUUUGCAGGAAUUCCUCUUGUUCGAUUUCGAAAAGAUUUUGCAAUUUAAAAAAAAAAAUUUUUUCAGCGCAAGAAUGCAGUUAUUCUUUUUAAAUUUAUUCUCUUGUCAUAUAAUUUUGUGUACCGUUACAUGUAUACGCUUAUUGAAUAAAAUGUCUAUUCAUAA